AUGUCUAUCAGAGAAUUUGUAAAACGAAUAAUAGAAACACAUAAUAAAUUAGAUUUUCUCAUUAACAAUGCAAAUAUAAAAAGUGUAAAGAAGUAUACAACAACUAAUGAUGGCUUUGAAAUGACAAUGGGUGUAAAUUAUUUCUCCUCAUUCCUGCUGACACAAUUACUGCUACCUUUAUUAUUGAAAGGUACAUCGUCAAGAAUAAUUAAUGUAUGCUUUAGAAAUCAUCAACACAAUCAUGUGAGUAGGCCAAAUUUACAAAUGAAUCAAUCAAAUUACAGCCCAGUAGAUGCUUAUUAUCAUUCCCAAUUGGCAAACAUAAUGUAUACGCUUGAAUUGAGUGAAUAUCUUAAACACACAGAUAUUAUGGUGGUUAGCGCAUAUGCUGGAUUUUUUUAAAGGCG